AAAAUUACAACUCCCAGCAUGCCCUACAGCAGUGGUCUUCAACCUGCAGACCUCAAGAUAUUGUUUUAUUCAGGAGGGUAAAUAUCAAAGGGAAAUUCUCAAUAAAGAGAGGAACCUCCGCCCACACAUCAGGAGACGUCUCAUAUAUAUCUACACUUCCUUAUAGAAGUUUCAUCAGAGACUCGUAUCGCAGACGGACGGUGUCAUUUGGAUUUUUGGGUGACAGGUUGGAUCAUAGUCCGGGGACCUGGAUAUUGUAACACAGGACAGGUCAUAUAUCAGACUUGCUGUUGCUAUGAAAACCUCCUGUGCACUCUGCCUUGAAUUGAGCUACAGAAGUGCAUAGAAAAAAGAUACAUUUGGAAGAUGGAUCGGUGGAUUACUUUUAUGUUAAUUAUCCUUUCAAUCUUCUGUCUGGGACAAGUAACAUCAAACAAUCAGAUAACGGCUUAUGUUUCCGGGAUGGCAAAACUGAAAUGUCUCUUUAAUAUGCCCAAAAAUGAUUCUCUUAAAGACUAUAUUAUUCACUGGCAAAAAAAAACAAGGAACAAAAAAGAUAAUGACAUUGUAGUAGGCGAGUUAUUCCGUGGAGAAAGGAACUACAAGAAUCUCGAUAUAAAUUACAAAAACCGCAUCAUGGAAAUCAAGUCAAAUGGAGACCUACACAUGUUUAAUGUUACACUGGAAGAUGAAGGAGACUACAAGUGUUUUGUACAAAAAAAUUCUAAAAUUGAACAUAACAAAGAUUGCAAACUGAAUGUACUGGCCAAUUUCACUGCUCCUCUGAUCAGCUAUGAAUGCCCUCUAGUGGUAGAUAAUGGUACGGCUGUGACGGUUCGCUGCUCAUCUACGGACGGCUUUCCAAAACCUUCCGGAAUAAUUUUCACGGUUCAUGAAGGAAACAUAACCCGAAGUCACCAUAAGGACUGUAACCAUGAAGCCCGCUCAUUGUGCGAUAUUAAAAAUAAUUCCCAAACAUACAACAUCUCCGGGGAUUUGACUCUGACGGUGACAAGGAACAUCAGCAUCACCUGUACCGUGCUGGCUCACCACAAUGUCUCCUCCGAAAAGAUUCACCUAGGUGUAAAGUCUACAAUUACUAGAAAGAAGGAGGACGAUAGUUGGAUGUACAUUUUAGCAGCUGUGACCCUUGUCACCAUGAUCGGAGGAGGUGUAUAUUUUGGCUGUAAAAGGAAAGGAAAGAUGUGUACAUCAAGAACGCCACGGAACGAAACCAACACCCUCACCACACUGCCCCCAAACAAUGGUGUUACUCAGCAGCCAGAGGAGAGUAACCCAUUUAUGGGAGCAGAAGCCGAUGGUCCUUGACUGAGUGACAGAAAUUUUCCUCCAGGUCAAUUGGAUAUAAAAUGGACUCCUUAAUUUUGUAGUUCUUCCAACAGGUUCCCGUAAACAUCUAAUUUCUUUUAUUGACCCUUUGAAGUUCAAGACUUACUGGGCAGCACGAUGGCUAGUACUGUUGCCUUGCAGCACUGGGGUCCUAGGAUCAAAUCCCACCAAAGACAACAUCUGCAAAGAGUUUGUAUGUUCUCUCCCACACUUCAGAGACAUACUGAUAGAUUUGGAUUGUGAGCCCCAGUGGGGACAGGGACCAAUUUGAGUGUACAGUGCUGCGGAUUCUGUGUUUUAUUAUUAUUACUGACACCGGAAAUCUCUCCCUUCGCUAUCGUAACUGGAGCUUGGAUGGAUAUUGGCGUUCAUGCAUUCUUCCCCUUCACAGUAUGAUGAUAUGUCUGAAUGCCGUUAAAUAUACUGUUGUGUUAUCACUUCUAUGCGCAUGAGGAUGGGAAAAAAAAGACCUAUUGUACACGACCAUAAAAAAAGCAAAAAUUUUGAUUUUGCUUUGUUUUAUUUUAUUAUUUUUUUAAUUUUAAACAAAAACAUUGAGCACCCCAAACUUUCCACUUUCAAUGAUUUUAUAUAUUUAUUUUUAUUUUUUGGACAUUUUUAUUAUUUGAGAAAUAUUCCACGCAGCUGAAGGAAUACCGUAUUGUUGGAUGGAUUCGGACCAUCAUGUUCCUACAGCAGGAAUUCCAAUUAUCUGUGGAACAAAGGAUUUUGUGUAGAAUUGGAUUGUACAAUGGGAUUCUUAUUUGACUAUUGAAUGUAUAUUCUGUAUUUAUUAGACAAAUGCUGGACUACGAGCGGUAUAAGUGCAAUUUCUGCAGAUAAGCUUUGGUUUCAUCAUUUACAAACUUUUACGAACAAAUUUUUAUAGGAUAGGACUAAGGGUGGCGGGUUGUUUUUUAUUAUUUAAUUUUUAUAUUUUUUUUGGUAUUUUUCUAGUUUAACAACUGACUUUAUAUAUUUUUUUAAAUAAUUUUUUUUGUUAUUUAUAAAUAACUAUUAAACGAUAAAAUGAAGGAAAUUUUAAAAAUGUCAAACCUCAUAAGUUCUUUACAGUAGGUUUCUGCGCAGUAGAAUCUUGUAUUGCUAUUGUAUAGACUGCUCACCUACUCUUUACCCUCUUAUCUCCUUUUACCUGCACUGACUUGUUUGUAUGUUAGGAUCGCACUGUAGAGCAUAAAGUUCAACCUAUGAAAAAUGCAUUUCGACAAGAAGCAUCAUAUGAGUUCAAAUUUUCAAGCCCGUAGGGGUCUCCUAUAACUCAUUGAUUUGUUCUCACUUGUUAUUAUACUUGUUUGUUGCUUCUCCCGAUUGUAAAAAGCUUCAGUAUUGUAAGUUAUUGUUUCUUGUUUUGCCUUUUUUGUAGGUACUGUGUAAAGCAUUUCUGUAAGACUGUUUCAUUAUGUCUGUACUAAGCAUAAAGGGAAUCUGUCAGAUGUUUGAGCCUUAAAGGGGUUAUCCAGGAAUAGAAAAACACAGAUAAAUUCUUUCAAAAACAGCACGCCGUCUGUCUCUAGGUUGGAUAUGGUAUUCCAACUUGCCUCUAUUUACUUCAAUGGAACUGAGCUGUAGAACCACACCCGACCUGGAGACAGACGGGGAGUGAUUUUUGAAAUAAGCUAGCUUAGUUUUUCUAUUUCUAGAUAACCCUUUUAAAACUGCUGACAGCUCCAUAUAUGACUGAAUUAAGAAAUGUGAUAUGUUAUUUCAGGCACUGCUAUCGCAAGUGUCCAGAGGGCGGACCCUUCAUGCUAAGUGCCCAGGACUCUCUGCACUGAGUGCUUUGUUGGCUCCUCCUCUCAGCUUUAAGUCACAACUCUGGUGUUCAAUCAAGAGACCACUAGAUCUGAGCUCAGUACUGAGAGUAGGGACCAGGGAAGCGUACAGAGUUCUGGGCACUUUGUAUGAAGGGUCCGCCUCUUAGACUCUUGCUAUAGCAAAUUUCAGUCAAGCAGUGCACAUGACCAGAACUUCAGGUAUGUUUCAAUCCCCCUCCCAAUUCUUUAUUUGGAACUAUCUGCAUUUAUAAGGAAGCACUCCAUUAUUUUUUAUUACAACAAUAAUAAUAAUACAAAAUAAUACAAUAAUUUAUUACAAUAGUUAUUUUCAGUAAUUAUCUACACACACACAUAUAU